CUGUCUCCCCUCCCCCUCCCCGGUUUCCGCAGUUGGUACGGCCCGGGACAGGAUGGCCGUCGCUCGUCGGCCCUUGGAAAGACUUCUACUGCGGGCAUUGCGGCUUUCGGUGUAUACCGGGGCGGAAGGCUCGGGCCCCGUCUGCUGCCACUGCCCUCUCGGAGCUAGAAGAUACCUACUUACAGAUAAUAUUGUGAAAUUAAAAGAGUUCCAGCAUAAGAAGGUGGCUAUUGCGUGCAGUCUUCCUGGUACCAAAGAAACCUAUUUUAGAAACUUGGAAGACAAACUGACCCAGAACAAGCUCAUCCUGAGAGAAGAGUUGAAAACUUUGCUUCAUCUGUGUGUGUCCCGGGACGACGUGGAGCUGGCUAAAAAUGUCAUCUACAGGUACCAUGCAGAGAACAGAAGCGCCCCUCUCGGGGAGUAUAAGUUCGGCCCGCUCUUCAUGAGGCUGUGUUACGAGCUGGGUCUGGAGGAGUCUGCGGUGCAGCUCGUCAAGGACCAGCAAUUGCGAGGUUUCUUCUCCGACGCCACAUCAUUCAAUAUUUUGAUGGAGAUGUUAUUUAAUAAAGGCAAAUAUCAAAGUGCCCUGGAGGUGUUGAUUGAGAUGAAAAACCAAGAUGUGAAGUUCAGCAAAGAUACCUAUGUCCUUGCAUUUGCCAUUUGCUACAAACUGAACAGCCCCGAGUCUUUCAAAAUCUGCACUAUGUUAAGGGAGGAAGCCCUGAUCAGAGGGGAAAUUCUCUCCAGGAGAGCAUCCUGCUUCGCCGUGGCAUUAGCUCUGAAUCAGAAUCAAGUGGCAAAAGCUGUGUCCAUUUUUUCCCAAAUCAUGAAUCCAGAAAGCAUAACCUGCACUAACUUAAAUAUUAUGAUCCACAUCCAGUCAAACGCGUUGGAAACCCUAAUGAAGAUACUAACAGGUGCUGCAGAAGGAAGUUCAUCAAGAUUUGUGAGAAGGCACGAGUUCUCAGAGGAGCUGAGUGCUGUCUGCUUCCUGGAGGAUCCAGAGAACAGGGGAAAACUCACUGAGCUACAGUCAUCUGCUCUUGCUUUCUUCCAGCUGGCCAAAGUGAGAGAGAAGGUGAAGGCUGUGCCUGCCCUUGUGGCCAGAUUCGAUGACAUCUACAGGAAGCUGCACGUGAAUGGCCAGGUCACCACUUACAGCCUGGAUGCCCUGCUCUGCCACACCCCCAGGGACAGGAAGUCCCUCGUGCCACCCUUAAGCAAGAGGACAGUCAGCCGGCGGACCUUGCAGCCACUCAACCGGUCCCUGUUGGCGGAGUAGCCCUCAUUUGAGACGGCCUCUGAACCUGGAGGGCCUGCUUCUGGUGAAUGAUGGGCUCCCCUGAGAAGCCUGUGUCCUACCUCUGUGGAUGCUGUGCCAACACAUCGUCUCCCCACUGCACCCCCAGGCCCACUGAGUGCUGGCACGCUCAUCAGACAUCGUGCCGUGGCCCUGCUGGGGAGAUCCAGGUUCAGACAGAGAGAGAAGCUUCACCCGUGCAACCUGCUGGGGCUGCAGUCCAUACCAGGGUGGCACCCAGUCAGUACCACCAGGAAUGAAUUUCACUCUCAGUGUGAUCACCUCUGAUUUUUCAAGGGAGGAGUGAAUUGCAGGUUAUACAUACCCUAGCUGAACUGAGAUCUGAAGCCUAUCCUACCAGGUUGGGAAAUAGCCCACGCUUAUUCAUGCCUUCAUCUCUCUGUACCCUAAAAAAGGUACUUGAGCCCUCGUUUUCCCAUCUGCAAAACAAUAGCUCCAGUGUGUAUAUGCAUAUUGGUUUAAAGUUUUUAUUCAGCAUUGAAGUAGGGUCACAUAUCCUCAAAAGAGAGAAAAAGGAUCCUAGGGCAGGCACUUGGUGCAGUGGUAGAGUCGCCAUGCCUGCAUCACAUAUCGGAGUGCCUGGUUCAGCUCCUGUGCACUCGGCUUCCCAUCCGGCUGCCUGCUGACGGACACCUUGGGAGGCGCAGGUCAUGGCUCAAGUACUUGGGUCCCAGCCACUCACCUGGGAGACCCGGAUUUCCAUUCCAGGCUCCUGGCUCUGUCCUGGCCCAGCCUUCCUAUGGUGGGUAUUUGGGGAGUGAACCAGCAGAUGGAAGAUCUUUCUUCCUCUCUGCCUUUUCAGUAAAUAAUAAUAUAAUAAUGAUAAUAAUAAAACCAGGUUCCUGAGCAAACUUCUUGAGAGCAUGUUUGUUUUUGUUUUCUCAGCAGCACAAACAAAACUGGAAUUUAGCUUUUAGAGCUGAUUUGUAAGCCGAAUUUAAGUGAUUACUAUUUUGGUCAAAGUGGGCCAUGUGAUUUUCAAACUAAGUCCCAAUAAAAUCCACAUAAUGUUUAGUUUUCUACAUAGAUCAUAAAUAUUUGGUCCAAUUGUUCAUCUGUUAAUGGCUCGUUUUGCUCUUUGAUUUUUUUUAACAUGAAAGUGUCGCGAGAGCAGGUCAGAGCCCUUCCAAUCUAGGAUCUGUUGCGCGAUGCCCCUGGGGAACGCAGCAGAGCUCACGGCCACCUCUCCUCAGUGACGCCUUUGUUCCCGAUAGUGCUGCUCCCCAAACUGAGGCCCUUUCAUUCUGCAGCAAGAAUUACUCAGUCAGAAAUUUUGGACAAGGAGGAAUCUUAGGAGCUCCCUGACUGACUCACUGCGUGGCCCUGGGCCCACUUCAGUGUCUUCACCUGUGCCACAUGACUUGAUCAGGCAGAUUCACCAGGGGGAGCAGAGCUGGGUUUAUCAAGCUCACUACAAGGACACAGGAGGUCGAGCAGGGCAGGUAGGGACAUGCCGCUGCUCUGACAUGGGCUUUGUUCUGUGGGGCAUGCCUGUGAUGACAGUCCCUUUUCCGUUAGGGUGCCUGUUGCCAUCUGCUUGCAAGGGAGCCAAAUACUGUCAGUUACAAUAUGGACUGCAGUCCAGGAAGAAGCAUACCUGUAGCUGCAGUAUUUCCUGAGAAUGUUUUCUGUGGCCUGAGACACUUUCCCGUGUAGGUGAUUUGCAUCUCUGGGUGGAGCUAGAAGGCCUGUAUCCCCCUUUAUCUUUUGGGGCUCCACCAAGUACCUGGGACCACCAUCCACAGCUUGAUGAUAGCACCUAACUCUGAGGCUUAGCGUGAGGAUAAAAUGGCCUGGUGAAUGCUGGUGAAUGCGAGGCUGCCUGGGCCUGGCACACAGGAAGUGCUGUGGAAGCAUCCGGAGUUAUGCAGCAUUCAGACCUGGUGUGUAGUGGAGGAAUUAGCCACGACAGAACAGUUCCUCCUCUCAAAAACAAAACAAAAACCACCAAGAGUCUAUUUCACUUGCACUCUGAACCAUUAUCCCAGUUUUAAAAAUGGGCCUUCAUGGAAUCAUAAUUGCUUCUCCAUGUGCCUGGUGUUUUGCGAGAAAACAAAAGGAAAAGGGCAAUUGGAUUUGUCCACCUUCAAAGGCCAGGGGAAACAGGGCAUCCUUCCUGUUCUUGCUUAUCUUCCCCAAUUUUCACAAAGCAUUCAAAGGGCCCUAGUAUCCUGGGCCCUGGUUGGUAGCUAAUAACUGUGUUAGCAAAGCAUAAGUACAACUUUGCGUGAGCAAUAAAUAGCAAGGGCCUUCCCCCCCCCCCCCACUCCCUGAGCCGUAGCACCUGAUACCCAACUGCAAAAAAGACACCUGUUCACCUGUUCCCAGAGGCAUUGUACAACCAUGACUGAUACAUGGAGUGUUCACCCGAAAUAUUAGACAUUCCAAAGUGUAAAGAAACCAUCAAAGAAGAAGUGCUCAAAAGAGGAUAUGGUGGGUAUCUCAUUCUAUAAAGUUUGGUGAUUUAUUUGAGAAAUAGUUUUUCUCGGUGAUCUGUAAUUUGCCUAAAGCAUCUGCUUACUUUGCGAAUAAAAUAUUUGAUUGGACAGAAUGUCUUACCCCCAA